AUGACAUCCCUAGAGGCAAUUGUGUCCCAGAUGCCUGUGGCUGAGGGCAAGAGUGUCCAGCAGACGGUGGAGCUCCUCACCAGGAAAUUGGAGAUGCUUGGGGCAGAGAAACAAGGAACAUUUUGUGUAGACUGUGAGACUUACCACACAGCUGCCUCCACUCUGGGCAGCCAAGGCCAGGCUGGGAAGCUGAUGUACGUGAUGCAUAACUCAGAGCACCCCCUGAGCUGCUUUGCUCUCUUUGAGAAUGGGCCUUGCCUUAUCGCUGACACCAACUUCGAUGUGCUCAUGCUGAAGCUCAAGGGCUUUUUCCAGAGUGCCAAGGCCAGCAAGAUUGAGACCCGGGGUACUCGCUACCAGUACUGUGACUUCCUGGUGAAGGUGGGCACAGUCACAAUGGGGCCCAGUGCCCGUGGCAUCUCUGUGGAGGUGGAGUAUGGCCCUUGUGUGGUGGCUAGUGACUGCUGGAGCCUCCUGCUUGAGUUCCUACAGAGCUUUUUAGGCAGCCACACACCGGGGGCCCCCACAGUAUUUGGGAGUAGACACGAUGCUGUGUAUGGGCCAGCAGAUACCAUGAUACAGUACAUGGAACUCUUCAACAAGAUCCGAAAACAGCAGCAGGUGCCAGUGGCGGGAAUUCGUUAG